AUGUCUGAGGGAAAUCGUCGCGACUCUUCGCCGGUGUGUCCUGAACUGGAUAUUUAUCAGUUUGGUUAUCCAAGGUGUGAUCCAACAGAUUCCAUGGCAUCAAGCUCAAAUGAUUCUGCAUUUUUAAGCACAUACGAUGAUAUGUCACUAUUGGAAAGUGGUCUAUUCCGGCAAAAGUAUGGUGAUAUUAGUGAUCAUUAUUAUAGAAAUCCAGACAAGGCAGGGGACAAGAUUGAUUCAAGGUUGCUAAUGUUACUAGAAUUCUUUAGAGAACUUUUUAUGCGAAGAAGGGAAGUUUUCAAGAAAUUAUUCCCGGAGUUACAUGAUGAAUUUUUGGGGAUGUUCAAGAAAAUUGUUAACGUUGAUUUGCUCGUUGCAAAACCUGGUCAAAUGAAGUCUAGGGCAUUGCAAAGAAGCUUGAGUGUUGGCUCGCCAAGAACACCUUCAAGAAAUGGAGGUGAGUCACCAUUAAGGCUCGAGAGGUUCAAGGUUCGCACGGUCAUACCUGGCGGCGGUGGCCAAGGUGACAAGGAUGGUGUCGAAUCUGGUGAUGCCAAAUCCAACUAG